AUGUCUUCAAGCGCACGAUCUUCUGGCGUGAAAAAUCUAAUGAUCAGCUCUGAUACGCUUUCACUAAUUCUCCACCCUGCUCUCCAACAAAUGCAGGAAUAUGCUCCGUCUAAUCAUCGAUGGCUAGUCAUCGCUUCGAAAAAUGGUCGCCUAAACUUGACGGAAUCCCACAUUGACGAUUUGACAGCUGAUCAUAGCAGACUUAUAGUUAAUGCAGGAGGUAGCAACGACUUUGAUGCCAAGACCGCGGACGCUGAAACCAUAAACACCUACACAGAUACAGUGCUAAAGCUAAAAGAAGACUUUGAACAGGCUGUAAAACCCUUUGAGAGUGAGGCUCAAGACCAAACAUCUUCUGGAGAACAUCUGAUCAUCCAACAGCUUGAGCAUCUAGUUCAGAGUAAAGAUAGCUGGGACCCAAGAAAAGGUCGUCCAAAAUUUGCCUAUGAUAGAUUAGUGAGUUCGCGUCUCAAGGGCAAUAGAUUGAUUUCAUGGCACCUGACAAGAAACGGCAUAGGCGAAAUUCUAAAUUCGAAUGUCCGGAUUUUCAAUGACCGUCUCCAAGAGUUUGACCAAGGUGAGGAUAAUGAUGCGGGCAUAAGAAAGUCUCUGAUGGAAGCCUCGGGCUCGUGUGAGAUGGUCCGAAGUCUACUCGUACAACUGAAAGUCAAAGCUUCAGAGGCAGAGCUCCAUCAAGCGGAGAAGGAUCUCGAAGAGCUGUAUGAUAUAAGGAAUCCUCAUGCAAGGUCGAGGAUCGAUGCGAUAUAUCACUCCGGGUUCACAUGUGAAGAUACGGAUAUCGGCUUAGAGAUGCUGGGGGGAUUAAGGUUGAGAGAUGUCGUAUCACCGAACAGUGAAUUUUUAUCUAGUCAAAUGAAGUCAUUACAAACACAGGCGUUAGAUCUCAGCAAGAUGUACUUGCACAACAAGUUUUCUGAGAAGAAGGUCGAAGAAAUCACCGUCCCGACAGCAAAUGAGUUGCUGUCACCACGGACUGUAGAGAAUAUGAAAACCAUCGUCAACAGGUACAAAUAUAAGCUUGAUCUGGAGGCGGGCACUGAUAAGGAAUUGAAACUCCUCAAGUAUGUCAACACAAUGGUUGAGAAGCUGCUAUGGGAACAAUCCUUAUGGAAGUCCCAAAUCGGAAGUGAUCCUAAUUUUUCUGAGGGAUUCCAGGGUUCGAUACCUUGUGAGCGAUUCGAGCAGAUCGUAAAUAAGCUAGAAUCAGAAAGGGCAGACAAGACCAAAGACAAAUUAUAUAAACAUUUAAGAACUCUGGAAGAUGAAAAUACCUCUAUAAUCAAAUCUGCUGAGAUGGUGGCAAGCGAUACUAUGAAAAAAAUCCGGAAAUCAAUUGAGGGAGAAAGAGACACCAUAUGGGCUGGUCUUAAGACCAUUCCAGAAGGUCUUGAUCAAGUCCGAUCUGCCAUGAAAACAUUUGCAGCGAAGGCGGAUUUGGAUCUCAUGGAAGUGAAUGGCACUUAUUCCCAAGAGACGAGGGAACGAGUCAGAGAGAACUUUGAUGGAUAUUUCAGGGAAUACUCGAAGUCGAGUCUAGCGAAGAUAAGAUUUUGGACUGAUUUCAGCGACGAAUUGCCUGCCCUGCUUGAGUCGGCUGACGUCCCUGCCGAGGAGCCUAGUGAGACCCCAAAAGAAGCAUCGAGACAACGCAGCGAGGAGAUAUCCAGCGGGCCGAUUGAUCACCCUGAGUCUGCAGACGAACAGGACUUAAAUAGGCAAUCUCGCAUCAGACCCGGCGUAAGCUGGGCUAGCAUUGUGAGCAUCGGGAAUGGUCGAUAA